AUGAUUCAGGCUCUGCUGCAAACAUUAAGGGCUUAAACCCCAUAAGCGCCCCACAGUUCCCACACACAAUGUGUGUGUGUGUGUGCUAUACACCAGUGGCAGUGACCUACAAAGAGUUAGCAAACAACAAGUCCAGGACUGCAGUGAUUAGAGAGUAACAAGUAAAGAGGAGGAGAUACAUCAGCCUGAUAAGAAUUACAGCAGUGCAGAGCUAAAAUCUACAGCCGUGUUUAAUCAACUGAGAACCAAGAAAGAGGAGAAAGCGUGAAGCAAGAAGAGUAUUUUAUAAAAAUACUUUUAUAGCCUUUAUAUCAUUAUGGAUCCUGACUUUCUGUCGUCAAUCACUAGACCAGAGGUAUAUGAUUUUGAGGGCGUCUCUAUGAUUCCCUGCUUUACGAUGAACUGGGAGAACAUCCAGAACUUCCAGGCCAGACCAGAUGACAUCCUCAUUGCCACUUACCCUAAAGCAGGAACUACCUGGGUAUCCUAUAUUUUGGAACUGCUCUUCUUUAGUAAAUUGGGAGCAGAACGUCAGAAGACGAUGCCCAUCUACAUGCGAGUUCCCUUCCUUGAAGGCAUUUUUCCAGGGUUACCUACAGGGGUGGAGCUGGCAGAUCAGCUGCCCACUUCUCCACGGCUCAUCAAAACUCAUCUUCCUGUUCAGUUGGUCCCCAAGUCCUUCUGGGAACAGAACUCCAGGGUUGUCUAUGUAGCUCGUAAUGCCAAAGACAAUGCUGUGUCUUAUUUUCACUUUGACCGGAUGAACAAGGGACAGCCUGAUCCCAUAGACUGGAGCACUGAUCUACAGAAAUUUAUGGAUGGAAAGAAGGUGUUUGGUCCUUGGUAUGAUCAUGUGUGUGGAUACUGGGAGAAGAAGCAGACCUACUCAAAUAUUCACUACAUGUUCUUUGAGGACAUGGUGGAGGACACGGGGCGUGAGGUGGAGCAUUUGUGCUCCUUCCUUGGUUUGUCUACACCAAUAGAAGAAAGAGAGAGGAUUACGAAGGGCACUCACUUUGACACAAUGAAGCUCAACAACAUGACCAACUACUCUACAGUUCCAGUCAUGGACUUCAACGUUUCUCCAUUCAUGCGCAAAGGUAAAGUCGGAGACUGGAAGAAUCACUUCACUGUGGCUCAGAACGAGCGGUUUGAUGAACACUACAAACAGAGGAUGAAGAACACCACCCUCCAGUUCAGAACACAGAUAUAAAGGCUCCAAAUCAUGGAAACAUUUUUAAUGGGCUUCAGGAAUUUGUUUAUAUGAAAUCAUGAAAACCAAGGCAUUUACACAUACUACAAUUUACACUAUUGCAGUUUUAUUGUUUCUGUAAAUAGUAGGCGAGGAAAUGCUCUCUAAAAGGCUUCUCUAAAAGAUUUAAACUUAUUAUUAUUUUAAUUUCAACUUUUAAAUCCCCAGGUGUAAUAAAUAUGCAUUAAUACACAUCAAACCUAGUGACAAUCAGCAGCCAUUUAAAGAGCCUUUAAGCAUUUGCCCAUGACUCUGAUCCUUAAAAUAUCUGUUCACAAAAGAGCAAAUUAAAAAAGUUAAUUCAUUCUGCAACACAUUGCAAAAACAUUUGGGCAAAAAAAAUACCUUAUCCACAAAAUGCUUUAAGGAGCAAAUAUCUCCAGUUUCUCAAGAAAUGCUUUUGAAAAGUAUAAUUUGUCAUGAGUUUGUGUCAGUACACUUUUUUAAAUAAGACAAUGCAAAACCACAUGCUGCCCACAUUAGAAAGGCAUGUCAGAAGACAGCAAAAAAACCUCAAAACACUUUGACGCUUUGUAUCGUCUGUGCCAAAACAACUUAGCAAAGUGAUGUGACAAGGAAUAGCAAUAUUGCAAAGUGCCAACAUUUUAAUAAAAAUGUGUUACAGGCCCAAAAUGCAAAAAUGGAUGUAUAUUACAUGGAUUGAAUAUUCAUACUGUCUACAUUGAAAUAAAGGGUUUUUUUUU